AUGCCGCCCAAGAAGUCUGCAGCCAAGAAGAAGAAGGCGGCUUCGAACGCUCGAGGGUUCGCCACGGUAUCGGUUCCGAAGAAGAAGGAACCGGAGGAGGACGUCGCAGCUGCUCAGGCUGCGGCCGAGGGAGGCGAAGGAGGAGCCGUCAAUGAGGGUGGAGCAGAAGCGGGACAGGUUGACGGCGAGACUGCCGGAGGUGCCGGACGAGGCGAGGCGAACAGCUCGGCGGGCGAUGCGGGCGCCGCUGCAAAGCCGCAGGAUGGCUGGGACGACCCGGAGACGCUCGAGAAGAAAGAGUUGCAGGAGCUGGCGGAAAGGAUCAGGCCCGGUUGCGAUAAGGAGAUCAACAGGAUUGUCAAGGUCUUCGACUACGAGCGCAGGAUAGCUAAGACGAUGGCGGGCUACUUGUGGCAAGAGCAAGAUCUCCAACGCCGCAUCAUCGACCUUGCUCUCGCGGAGCGAGGCGACGAGUCGCCACAGCCGAUGUUCGACGCAGAAGACAAGGUCAUUGCCAAGGUCGCCACCCUCUACGGCAUCCUGGAGCAACUUGGCUUCAAGGCGGAGCGAGUUGAGCAGUGCUUGCGGUUUGUCAAGGCGCUCGAUCUCGAGGACUGCCUCGAAUGGAUGUUCCUGCACGCCAACUCGGACGAGCUCGCCUGCGAAGGUCCGGCUGCGCCUCCCGUACAACUACCCGACAGCUCGCCUCCGACCCCUCGCCCCGGUCACUCGCCCAAGUCGACGCCUGCUCGCAGUCCCGCAGUGGGCAAGACGCCUGCUUCGCCCUCACCUGCCGCCUCGAAGACGCCGGCGGACGGCCCUGACGAAGCUGCUGAGGCAUCGUCUCUGCGCGCUCGCAUCCUCGCGUACGGCGAAGAGCUCGACAAGGCUCUUUCGUCGAACGCAGACGGCGACGAGGUAGAAGGUGCCGAGGCCGAUGCGAACGUCAAGUACUCGAAGCUCAAGCUCCAGUUGUCGGAGAUCCAGCGGGCUCAAGCGACGCACAAGCGCGUGACGAAGGGCAAGGGCGACAGGAAGGGUGCGCAAGCGAUGAGCGACGAACAGGAGAAGGUGCUGGACGCACAGGGCGAGCUGCUCAAGGAGAAGAUCAAGACGGUCGAGAGCGACUACACUUUCCGCAAGACCGAUGCCGAGAAACUCUACCGCGAAGAGCGUACCAAGCUUGACGCUGCGCAACUCUCGGCUCGUCUGAGCGGGACGACCCUCGACAGCCCUUUCCCUAGCCUCGCCUUGCCGCCGACGCCAGCCUCGAAUGGCCUUGCGCCGAGCGCGGAGAUCAGCAGCUCGACAAGCUCCACUCCGGCCGGCAACGGCAGAACUUCCUCAUCUCCGCCUUCGCCCGGCAGAUCCACCGCUGAAAUGUCCGCCAACGACGACGAAGAAGGCGACUUCUUCGGCAACAUGCUCGACGAGAUGCCGACGGAGGAGACGACCGAGCAGGGGACGACCAUUCCCGUCCGCAACCUCUCGCUGCCGAAGCACUUUUCCGGCAAGACGCCCAAGGUCAGCCUCGAGGAAACUGUCCGCAAGCUCGACAAAGGCGCCUCGGUGUCGUUCAGCGUCAUCAGCCGCAGUCGUGCCGUUCGCGCGGCGGUGAAGGUGCGCUGGUCGGAGAACACGACAGGCAAGACCUUCACCUACAGGAUGGACGACAUCGCCUGCUGGGACGAGAAGCAGGCUUACAACUACAUCGCCACGCUCGCGCUCUUCGACAUCGCAACGGGUCCUCAGGGAUCGGGCCUCGCCGUCAACAAAGCGCUUCCCACCGUGUUCCGCGACCUGUGGGACGAGUUGGUCGCGCAGCGUCAAGCUGAGGACGAAGAGGACUACAGACGCCGCCUCAAGGUGUAUCGCGCCAUCGCUGAGCCAAGGUGCCAGGAGCCGCCAAGUCGAGACCAACGCGCCGCUCGCGCAGAGAAGGUAGUUGCCGAAGCGAACACCAUCGCCGGCCCGAAGGAGAUCACGGCCGAGCGAGCUGAGCAGAUCCAACACGAGAUCUACCAGCGUCAGAGCUGGCCGACCUACCAGGAGAUGCUUCGCCAACGUGCCAACUUGCCCAUCGCAGCGUACCGCUCGUCCAUCAUGACCGCGAUCGACGACUCGCAAUGCAUCGUUCUGUGCGGUGAGACUGGAUGCGGCAAGUCGACGCAAGUACCGUCAUUCAUCCUCGAGCACAAUAUGCGUCUCGGUCGCGAUGUCAAGGUGUACUGUACCGAGCCUCGCCGUAUCUCGGCCAUCUCCCUCGCACAGCGCGUUUCGCAGGAGCUCGGCGAGCCGCCCAACGCCUGCGGAUCUCGCAACUCGUACGUCGGCUACUCGAUCCGCCUCGACUCCGCUGUAUCGGCCUCUACACGGAUUGUCUACGCCACGACGGGUAUCGUCCUCCGCAUGCUCGAGGGAUCCGAGUCGCUGUCGGACGUCACGCACAUCAUCAUCGACGAGGUCCACGAGCGCUCGAUCGACUCGGAUUUCCUGCUCAUCGUCCUCCGCGAGAUCCUCAAGGUCCGCAAGGACCUCAAAGUCAUCCUCAUGUCCGCGACGGUCGAUGCCGAGAAGAUUGCCGACUACAUGGGCGGUUGUCCCGUCGUUCGCGUGCCGGGACGGACCUUCCCCGUCACGGCGUACUACCUUGAAGACGUCGUCGAGCUCACGAGGUAUCGUCUCGACCCGGAUACCGACUCGCCCUACGUUGCACGCAACAAGCGAGCUUACGGCGGGAAGCCUCGCAAGAUGGUCGAUGACGUCCCGCUCGACGACGAUGACGAGGACGAUGCUCCAGCCGAUGCGGACGAGGUCGCGCAGGCGCCCAUCUCGAAGCAAAGCCGCAUCACUCUCGAGUGCCUCGACCACCACGCCAUCAACUUCGAGCUCAUCCUCAUCCUCCUCGAAAACCUAUGCUUCUACAAGCCGGAACUCGUGCCCUUCUCGAGUGCCGUCCUGGUCUUCCUCCCGUCGCUCGAGUCGAUCCGUCGCCUCACCGACCUGCUCGAGGCGCACCCCGCCUUCGGCUCCAGCCAGUUCGUCAUCCUUCCUCUCCACUCGACCAUCUCGAACGAGAACCAGUCUCUCGUCUUCAACGUCCCGCGACCUGGCAUCCGCAAAAUUGUCGUCUCGACAAACAUCGCCGAGACGGGUGUCACGAUCCCCGACAUCACGGCCGUCAUCGAUUCGGGCAAGCAUCGCGAAAUGCGCUUCGACGAGAAGCGCCAGAUCAGCCGGCUCGUCGAGACGUUCGUCGCCCAGUCCAACGCCGCACAACGACGUGGACGCGCUGGUCGUGUCCGCGAGGGCGUGUGCUUCCACCUCUUCACCAAGCACGGUCACGACAACUACAUGCAAGAGCACCCGCAACCCGAGAUGAUGCGACUCUCGCUGCAAGACCUCGCGCUUCGCAUCAAGAUCAUGAAGAUCGGCAGCACAAGCAUCGAGGAGACGCUGCUCAACGCCCUCGACCCGCCGACGCCGCAGAACAUCCAGCGCGCCAUCUCCGCUCUCGUCGAAGUCAAGGCCCUGACAACGUCCGAGGAGAUCACGCCGCUCGGCCUGCACCUCGCCAAGCUGCCCAUGGAUGUCCACCUGGGCCUCUUCCUGAUCAUGUCUUGCAUCUUCGGCUGCCUUGACGCCGCACUCGUCAUCGCCGCUACCCUCAACAGUAAGAGCCCGUGGAUCACGCCGUUCGGUCGCGAAAGCGAGGCCGACGCCGUCAAGCGGAGCUUCAAGACGGAGAACUCGGACUUCCUGACGACUUACAAGGCGUACUGCUCGUGGCGCGAAGCUUGCGCCAACAACUACGAGCGCGAGUUCUGCCGCAAGAGCUUCCUCUCGCUCCAGAACCUGCAGCAGAUUGAAGAACUCCGCCAGCAGUUUUUCUCCUUCCUCGUUGACGCUGGUUUCGUCAACAUCACCAACGCCGAGCGCCGCGACCUCACCUCGACGCGGUACGGCAAGUCGCGUACUAAGUUCCUCCGCGUCCCUGCCGAGCUCGACACGGCCUCGCGUGACCCUCGAACCGUCAUGGCCUGCCUCGCCGCCUCGAUGUACCCGAAGCUGCUCGUCAUCGACCCGCAGAACGGCUCGCUUCGCACGCUCGCCAACUCGGCACCUGCGGCGAUUCACCCCUCGAGCGUCAACUUUGGCGCCGGUCGUCGCGUCGACUUUGGUCAGGGUACCCGCUUCGCCGCUUUCUUCCAGGCUAUGCACACGAAGAAGCUCUACGUGUGGGAGUCGGGCUCGGUCGACGAGCGGGCCGUCUACCUCCUCUGCGGCAAUGCAGACUUCCAGCUCCUCGCUCACUCGAUCUCGGUCGACCGCAAGAUCCGCACCCACUUCGAGGAUCCCAAGACGGCGAUUGCGGUCAAAGUCCUGCGCGAGAAGUGGAAGGAGCUCUUCAACAAGAAGAUGCGCGACCCGGCCGCCCCGCUCGACCCGGAGCACGAGCAGUGGCUCGCGCUGCUGCUCGAGGCGUUCAAGAGCCCGAAGAGGGAGGACGACGAGGAGAAGAAGCGGCAGAGGGCCGAGAAGAAGCCCGUCAAGCUGUCGCUGACGAGGAACGGCUAA